UUACGUCGGCACAGCAGUUUCAAAAUACUUGUUUGAAAUACUGAACAUACUUGUACGAAACGUCUUAUCACAAUUGCUAAUGCGUUAAACAACGAUAUAGUGUAAUUAUAAUGAGUAUACGUCAGUCACAACAUGGCGCUGAAGACGGGUGCUAGUGUUUUGCGGUUGAACACGCUGCGCAAUGCCGCUGUCAGGUAUGUGGAACGUGUGUUACAGCUGCUGUCCACUCACACAAGGCCGGAGAUUGCACAAAACACGAAACAUGCCGAAUUUCCGGGCGCCAAAGCUCCCUACGUGACGGAAAUGAAGUUCCUGAACGAAUCGAGCUACGACCCCAUCCCUAUCUACCGAGUGUUGGACAAUAACGGGUCGGUUCUCGAAAGUAGGGAGGAGCCAAAUAUCGAUAAAAAUGAACUUGUGAAUAUCUACAAAACUAUGGUGCAGCUCACUCAAAUGGACAAGAUCUUGUAUGAGUCUCAAAGACAAGGCCGUAUAUCAUUCUACAUGACCAACUACGGUGAGGAAGGUAUCCACGUUGGCAGUGCAGCUGCUUUGAGCCCUCAAGACCUGGUGUUCUCCCAAUAUCGAGAAGUAGGAGUUUUCCUGUACCGAGGAGUUACGGUGACAGAGCUCAUCAACCAAUGUUACGGCAACCACGAGGACCCAGGCAAGGGGAGGCAGAUGCCAGUCCACUACGGGAAUAAGCACUUUAAUCUCGUAACCAUUUCCAGUCCUCUAGGAACUCAAAUGCCCCAGGCAGUUGGAGCAGCUUAUGCCCUGAAGCGACAGCCGAACAACGACCGUUGUGUCGUCUGCUACUUCGGAGAUGGUGCUGCGUCCGAGGGAGAUGCCUUCGCUGCGUUUAACUUUGCAGCUACACUAGAUUGUCCCGUUAUUUUGUUAUGUAGAAACAACGGCUACGCAAUCUCGACUCCGACCAACGAGCAGUACAGGGGUGAUGGUAUUGCUUCUCGAGGACCUGCGCUCGGCAUCCGCACUAUUCGUGUAGACGGGACCGACACCCUUGCCAUGUAUAAUGCUGUGAAGCAGUCCAGAGAAUAUGCUAUAGCUAAUAACAAACCAGUGCUGAUCGAGGCUAUGUCUUAUAGAGUGGGACAUCACUCCACCUCUGAUGACAGCACGGCUUAUAGAUCAGUUGAAGAAAUACAAAAGUGGACUACAGAUGAAAGCCCACUUCAUAAAUUUAAAAAGUAUUUGGAAACUAAAGGUAUUUGGGAUGAGGAAGCUGAGAAAACUUGCUUGAAAGAAUCAAGAGACACUGUUGUAAGAACUAUGCAAGAAGCUGAAAAAAAGAAGCGACCACACUGGAAAGAAAUGCUUGAAGAUGUCUACUAUGACAUGCCUCCUAGAAUCCAAAAACAAAUGAAACAAAUGGAAGAGCAUCUAAAGAAAUAUCCUGACAAGUACCCACUCGAUCAAUACCAGGAUUAAUUUAUGUCUUUUAGAUUGUUAAUGUUGUAAUAAAAGUAAAAAAUAAAUUAUAUUUUGUCGA